AUGGUUAGCCGCCGCCGGGCUCGGCCGGCCGAUGCAGUGGACCGUCCAGUCCCUUCAUGCGACGACCACAGCACCAAGCGACGCCGCGGUACCGCCACCACGGCCUCCUCGCCCUGGCCGUCGAUGCCCGAGGAUCUGAUGGCGCACAUCGCGGACCGGGUGCUCGCCGGAGAUCUGCUCGACUACGUCCGCUUCCGCGCCGCGUGCCGCCACUGGCGCUCCUGCACCGUCGACCCGCGCGGCCGAAUCGUGGCCGACCCUCGCUUCCACCCACGCCGGUGGAUGAUGCUCCCCGAGGGGCACGGCCUUCACCCCGGCCACCCCAGGCUCCGUGGGCGCGCUCGCUUCUUCAACCGCGACGCGGGCGCCUUCGUUUGCGCUUGCAUCCCGGAGUUCAAGGACCACUGCAUCCUCGACUCCCCCGACGGCCUCCUCCUCCUGCAGCGCGACGCCGACACCGCGGUCCGCCUCCUCCAUCCAUUCACCGGGGACAUCGUGGACCUCCCGCCGCUCAAGUCACUACUGCCGCAGCUCUGCCAGCUCACCCCCAAACAGCCAUGGCUCGACGGUGAAGAGAACAACCUGGUUUAUUUCCGGAGGGUCGCCGCUGCUGUGUCCGUUGCUCAGGCGACUGGGAUUGUCACCGUCCUGCUCGCGCUGGAACACCUCUGCCGCUUCGCCCAUGCGUCCACUGCUGACCGGAACUGGACUCUCACGAGCUGGAGUGUAAAUGUAAAUCUCAGCAGAGCACUGCCAUUCCAUGGCAGCUUCUACAUGGCGAACUGUGAUGGGAUUGGGAGCAUCUCGCGUCUGGACGUACCCCUCCUUGACGAGGGUGGCUCGCCGGCGGCGUUAUCCCGGCCACAGUGCCACCACCGCAGACAAUCGCUAAAUUUCCAGCCAAACUGA